AUGUCGGACCACGAGUUUGGAGGCAAUGAUGACCUCUCUCUGCCCAAAGCUACCGUGCAGAAGAUUGUUACCGAAAUCCUUCCCCCAUCUGAGGGCCUUGCGUUCGCCAAAGAAGCCCGCGAUCUUCUCAUCGAAUGCUGCGUCGAAUUUAUAACUCUUGUCUCUUCCGAAGCCAACGAAAUUUCCGAAAAGGAGGCCAAAAAGACAAUUGCAUGCGAUCACAUUACAAAAGCGCUAGAACAACUCGGGUUUUCUGACUACGUGCCCGCAGUGCUAGAAGCUGCCGCCGAGCACAAAGAAGUGCAGAAAGGACGCGAGAAGAAAGCCGACAAGUUUGCUAACAGCGGCAUGUCGAUGGACGAGCUCGCACGUCUACAAGAGGAGCAGUUUGCUCAGGCAAGGCAACGACACACAUAA